AUGACUAUCUUCAGUUUGUGUCUGAAGUUUAAAGCUGUGGGGGUUUUCCAGACCCCUUGACCCGGUGUCUACAGCCCAGAAACAGCUCCUCCUCUCAACAACCAGUGAAGACCCCCCUCCUACACCAUGGGCUCUCACACCCGCUACUGUCAUGUGGAUGCUGUGCCUGCCCCAAACAAGUACACAUUCCCCACGCUUAUGGGCUCCCAAGUGCCCACCAAGCCUGCCAGCUACACAAAUUUGGGACGCUGCAGGACUGGCAGUCUGUCUCAAGACCAGUCUAAAACGCGCAACAGCACAGGUCCAAGUGUCUACCUGCCCAGGCAGCCUGCUUUCUCCAUGCUUGGGUGCCACAGCAACCCCAGUGACGCCACUCAAAAGCCCAGUCCUGGCAGUCACAACCCAGAGAAGGUGACGAUACACAAGCCCCGCCCCCCAGCAUUCUCCAUCAUCAUCAGACAUACCAGGUUUGUCACCCCGCUGGUAAUGGAUCUGUUGGACUGA